GAUAAACGUGCCGUGCCAAGUUUAUCAGAAAAGGCAGCAACGAACCUAUUAUUAGCCUGGGAAUAUAAUAACCAUAAUCAUCAUCCUCAUCAAAGUUUGAUUGUUACGUACAACAGAACAAAAGGCGUGUUGUGUCUCUGAAGACGGUGAAUCUUGUUGGGUGAUUCCAAACCCUGUUACCUGCUCGCUCGGAAUCACUCAAUUUCCCUUAGGGGGAUUCAUCUCUUCACACUGCACAACCAUCUUCUUCCAGCAUCCACGCUCCUACCCUCUUGUCAAUUCAGGAUCCUUGAGCUGUGCUUGGCAACCUAACCAUGGAAACAGAUACUACUGCCCUUAGUUAUUGGUUGAAUUGGAGGUUCUCCAUCUGUGCGCUGUGGAUUAUAUUCACCAUGGGUCUAGGAUCAUUUUUGAUAUGGAAGUAUGAGGAAUUCAACAAAUCAAGAGAUGAGAGGGGUGAGAGGCAGCAGCAAAGAGCUGGGUUGCUAUAUGAGGAUGAAUUGUGGAAUACAUGUCUUAAAAGAAUUCAUCCUGUUUGGCUGCUUGCUUACAGAAUAGUUUCUUUUAUUGUGCUUUUGGGUUUGCUCAUUGGCAAUAUGGUUGCGGAUGGAGUUGGCAUAUUAUACUUCUACACACAGUGGACCUUCACUUUGGUCACUAUUUACUUUGGGCUUGCAUCUUUUUUCUCUAUAUACGGAUGUUUCUUUAAACACGAUAAAUUUGAGGGCAACACAGUCGGUUCAGCUUGUUUAAAUACAGAACGAGGCACUUAUGUGGCUCCUACAAUUGAUGGGGAUACAGAUAUACCCCAUAUGUAUAAGAGCACUGAUGCCUAUCAGGAACCUCAUACUCAAAAUACUGCUGGUGCAUGGGGUUAUAUUUUUCAAAUAAUGUUUCAGACGUGUGCAGGUGCUGUAGUGCUCACUGACUUGGUCUUCUGGCUCGUUCUUUAUCCUUUUUUGGCACCCAAAGAUUUCAGACUGGGUCUGUUCGCUGUUUGUAUGCACUCCGUUAAUGCGGUAUUCCUUCUUGGUGAAACAUCAUUGAAUGGCAUGAGAUUUCCAAUGUUUCGAUUUGCAUAUUUUAUCCUGUGGACCGGCAUAUUUGUGAUUUUUCAAUGGAUCAUACAUGCCUUUGUUUCAAUGUGGUGGCCUUAUCCUUUCCUUGACUUGUCAUCCCCAUAUGCACCCUUGUGGUAUUUUGCAGUGGGUGCACUGCACAUUCCAUGCUAUGCAAUCUUUGCUUUGGUAGUGAAGGUGAAGUACUUGUGGUUGUCAAGAUUGUUUCCUGGUUCAUGUCAAGUUGUAAGCUGAUAAUACAUGCCACAACAUUAAUCAGAGGAGUUGGGCUACUUUCAACACGGUCAAAGCAUUUUGAAGACGAAAUUUGGAUAUCCCUCACCCCAAAAGAAAGAAAGAAAGAAAAAACAAAGUGUUUAGAGGACCGUGUCAUUUUUUGUGGGGGAAAUUGUGGAGAUAUAUUUGUACUACAAUUAGGAUUGAAUUCAGAGAAGUUCUGUGGUCUAUUUUGUAAAUGCAUGAUUGAAUACCCAUUUGCCCAUUAUACAAUUCUGAUCCAUUUUGUAA